AUGUCAUUUGAGAUAGAUUGGGAUAAACUAUCUGAUGAUACCAUAAAUAAUGGUAUCAGGGAGUUCUUAGAUGAACAAUUCCAAAGUUUAAGUCUCCCAUCGUUUAUUUCAGGAUUAAAAGUAACGGAAUUCAAUUUGGGAACUAAACCACCGGAUAUUAUCAUUAGACACAUAAGUAACCCAUUUGAUGAGUUCUAUGAUGAAGACUUGCAAGAUAUCGAUGAACGAUUGAAGAAGUUAAGUAAUAAGUAUAUGCAUGAUAGAAGUAGUUAUAUGGAUUCUAGUGAUGAAGACGAUGAUGCAAGUACUAAUAUUUCAACUAUUUCUGAAGAGUAUUUAAAGAAAGAUGAACAGAUUACUUUGAACACUGAAAAUGCAUUUACUGGUAAUUUCAAACAAUUUCCUACCAUUGGAGGUAAGAGCGGAUUCCAAUUAGAAGAUGAAGAAAACAGGACCAGGAAAUCGUCAGACUCCCUUAGUUUGAUGAUAGGUAAUACUAAUGUAGGAUUUCUUCAUAAUCAUAAUAUUAAUAGUUUAGGAUUAGGGAAUUUGAAUUCUCCAUCGUCACAUAAUUCAACUAGAGCUGACACUCCCACACAUUUCUUGAAUCAUGCUCAAAUCAUGAAUAAUACAUUGAGAGAUCCUAGAUCAAGUUCGUUUAUACGAUCCAAAGAAACUACCGAAAGAAAUGAAUCUGAUAUUCAACUCAUAACAGAGUUCAAUUAUCAUGGAGAUUUACAUAUUGAGAUAAUGGUGAAUUUAUUGGUCAACUAUCCAUCUCCAAACUUUAUUUCAUUACCCAUAAAACUUCAAAUCACAGAUAUAGUUAUUCAUUCGAUUGCAGUAAUAGCAUAUUUGAAAAAAUCAGUUUACGUAUCAUUUUUAUGUGACAUUAAUGAACAAAAUUCCGAGUAUUUCACAGGAAACCAUCAUCAAUCAUUCACUGAUGGUGCCAACUUCGUUGAAUAUGUCAGUAAUGGGAACACUCAAGAAAGAAUCGAUAUCAUCAAGAAAAUCAAGAUCGAGUCUGAAAUUGGAGGUGUUGAGCAUAAUGCUUUAAGAAAUGUGGGUAAGGUUGAAAAGUUUUUAGUUGACAGAUUAAGAGGUAUUCUUAGAGAUGAGAUAGCAUGGCCCAGUUGGAUUUGUCUUGAUCUUAAUGAAGAAGCUGAUGAAUCUUUUUAA